UUUUCUAAGCAUGGAUUUGUUUUAUAAAGAUUCAAUUAAUAAAAUCAUUGAUAUCCUGUAGACUUAAAACUGUAUGUAUUUGACAAAUAAUGUUAUGUUUUUAUAAAUUUAUAAUGUUAUGUUUAUAUGAGAAGUAAUAUAGUUUAAUCUUAAGAAGAAAUCAUGACAAUUAGAGCAUAACAAAUGUUAAAUUGUGAUGUGGUGUAUUUUAAAUAUAGUGCUUGUGCCAUUCCUUUCAUGUAUAAGACACUGGCCACAGUUAAUGUUUCACGAACAUCCUUAUGAGAAUUAUAGAAAUUUAGGACCACCUUAAAAAACAAAUCAUCUUUUUGUUAAAAUUUGUAUGAAAAAUUCUGGAUAAAGUUACUCCGAUCAUGACAGAAAUCACUAUUCAAGAUCUACAGAAGCUUCUUAUAUACUUCUCAAAAAAUACUUAUCGAGCUAAGGAUGCAGAUAGCACGAGUCAAGCAGUCAUGCAAAGAUGUCUGCUGCUCACUGAUUUAGAUUAUACUCACUCUAUAAUAAAUAAUAAUGGAGGUGAUCUCAGCGCGCACUAUCCUAGCCAUCUUAUCAUUUUAGAAUAUGAGAAGUAUAGAAAUCCAAAUAUGUGUGAUACACCACCACCACUGCCACGCACAACAGAGACUAUAUAUGAAAGCAUGUAUGACCCUAAUAAAUUGAAGGAAUUGAUCAAAAGUGCUAGAUUUGCUAGGUGUCGUUCAAGAUUUCCACUGCCAGUAAUAUUGUAUAAGGGUAGACAUGUGUGCAGAUCAGCCACUCUAUCUGGAGGACCAGAAAUUUAUGGUAGAUCUGGGCUAGAUUAUUUAUUUGCUGGUAGCGAAGGAAUAGUUUCAAUACAACAAGUAGAUGAAGCUCGUGGGGGUGAUUCUGUACUUAGUGACUGGCAAUUGUUUGAUAAAGUUAGACAUCAAGACAUCAAGCUUCUGAAAACGCUUAAUGUAGGAACUAUAAUUGAUUUUAUGGUUGAGAAGAAGAAGGUCAAAUUUGGAAUGAACGUGACAUCCUCGGAGAAAGUAGACAAAGAGAAGAGGUACUCCGACUUCACCCUAAUUUCACUGCCAUAUCCUGGAUGUGAAUUCUUUAGGGAGUUUAGAGAAAACGACUACCUAGCUAAAGGUUUGGUAUUUGAUUGGUCUCAGACUCACGUAGAUGCACAAAUUGGUGUGCCAGAAGACUCGAUUUCUACUCAAUUACGAAUCAAUUGGGAUCAAUAUCAAGUCUGGGAUCUAGUCAAACUUACUCAAAAUUAUUUAAAACUCAUAUUGAGAUAUUUGAGUGAUAGUAGUAGUGGGAUAUUAAUACAUUGUAUCUCAGGUUGGGAUCGCACACCGUUAUUUAUUUCAUUAUUGAGGAUCAGUUUAUGGGCUGAUGGUGCAAUUCAUACUUCAUUAAAUGCCUAUCAAAUCCUUUACUACACCAUAGCAUAUGACUGGAUGCUAUUUGGACACGAUUUGGAGGACAGAUUAAGCAAAGGAGAAGAAAUAUUUUUUUUCUGCUUUUAUUUUCUGAAGCAUAUUCACGACGAAGAAUUCAGCAUCCACCUACGUCAUAACAGAUCUAGGCAUACAGUUCUACGGAAUGACAGUGACUCGCAAUUAGAUAACGUAAUGUUUGAUAGCGAAUCGGUAGUUACGUUGAGUUCAGUCAGCUCCAACUUAAGUCUGAAUAGUUGGUGUAGUUCUGUUAGUCAAAAUAGUAGGGAUAGUCAAGAUAAUAAUCCACCGACUGUGUUUCACUGUGCUUCCACAGAGAGUCAGGAUGACUCUCAUAGCAAUGGAAACGUUGUACCAUGGUCAUUCUAUCCUUCUCCGAAUAAAGAAGGUAUUUCUCAUGGAUCACGAUCACCUCUGCCUCCUAACCGGACUUCCCCUGUCGCGGUUCCUGUACCCGGACGAUUGCGACAACGAAACGAGUCCUCGUCAUCUGGAGGUUCUUGGCAAAUGAUAUCGGGAACCGGAAGUUUACGUGGUUCUACGACUGCCAAUGCUCCUCUCACAGAUGGGUUAACAUCUAGUUUAGUUUGCAAACCCCUUUGUGAGACUUGCACUGGACACGCGUCUCAAGAAUCAAGCACAACGAUCAUUGAAGAUGAAGCGUGUGCAUCGUUAGCGCAAUCCCGCAAGGAAAAGUUGCAAUGUUUAAGAAGAAUAUUUUAUAACGCUUAUAGUCACACUGUUGGAUUUCGAAUGAAAGACAAUUCCGAGUCGAGCGGCUUCGGCCAGUUACUCGGUAAUUUUGCCGAAAAAGUAGGCAUUCUUUCUGUUCAACGCACAUCCUUGUGACUAUAACGUCAUUAACUUCCCACAAUUAUGAGUUUAUUGUUAUUGAUUCCUUGAUUCGAUUGAGAAUUUUAUAAAACGCUAUACAAUGAAAAUAAAAUAAUUGUACAUUAUCGUUUAUGUGAAUAACGCAUUGUUAUACAAGAGAACUGCGUGUAUACGCGUGACAUGAAUAAAAACUUGAUAUUUUUGUAUAUAUAUAUAUAUAAAUAUUUAUAUGUAUAUAUAUAUGUAAAUA